GAUAAGAUGUUAUCAGAGUAGUACAAAAGAUGUAUGAUUACUUGAAGCAUUUUUAAAAUAUUUACGAUGUUCUGUGUUGAGUUGAUGUUCGCAUGCUUCUGUUGUUAAAGGUUUUACCAUUAUACUUUUCUUAGCAUGUUUUUUUAUUUAUUACCAGUAAAUGUUAUACGUCUAUGUUUUAUUACUGGUAGUCGAUUUACUAGUCUAUCAAACAAAAAAAAUUUGGACUAUUUAAAUAAGAGAUCAUUAUUUACUAGUACUGUAUUAAAUCACGGCGAAUAUGAAUGGCUAGAUCCAAAAGAUGAAAAUGAUGUUGUUUAUGUUACUUUUAUUGAUAAAAAUGGCAAACAUACCAAAGUGAAGGGCAAGGUCGGUGAUAAUGUUUUAUACUUAGCUCACAGGUAUGGCAUUGAACUUGAAGGUGCAUGUGAGGCUUCAUUAGCUUGUACGACAUGCCAUUGUUAUGUCUUAGAAAAUUAUUUAUCAAAACUCCCUAUAGCUAGCGAGAAAGAAGACGAUUUAUUGGAUUUGGCACCAUUUUUAAAAGAAAAUUCACGGUUGAGUUGUCAGAUAAUUUUAGACAAAAGUUUAGAUGGAAUUCAUCUUGAAUUGCCUGUAGCCACUAGAAAUUUUUAUGUUGAUGGUCAUAAACCUAAACCACAUUAAAUUUGUUUAUUUGUUAUAAUUAUUGUUAGUAAAAUAUUAUUAGUUGUUAUUAUUAAAAUGGAAUAUUCAGAAGAAG